AUGGAUUCUUCUGAUCUUAAUGACAUUUCAUCUGUCCGUCUUGCUUCUGGCAUAGAAAUGCAACAAAAGUGGCUUCCAUUAGCCCAAAUACACCAACAACAAAAGAAUGACACACCACCUCAUCUUAUUGAAAUGGCUCCAACAAGGGGAACCCAAGGCACAGUUGUAACAGUUGUUGUACAGUCUUUACCACAUCGAUUUGAACCUGUCAAAUUGGCUUUUAACAGUUUGGUCGUGGACACAAAACAAAUGUACUCACAAGGCAUAACUUCACUAGUUGCUACAGUCCCUCCUUUUGAGCAAACUCUUUCUGCAACCACAAUGGUUCCUAUAUCCGUAUGCAUGCUUGAUAAAGAUUCCGUCACUGAAACCUGGCCCGUGGCUGAAUUCAUUUAUGAUUUUGAAACAAAAAAUUCUUUAAAAGCUUCGAUUGUUACCCCAACCAUAGUGAUAAACGAACCGUCUACAAUGAUGUAUUCCGAAAAGGCUAUUGAAGACCGAUCCAGUACGUAUCACUCUCGAGAAGGCGGUGCUGUGCCAUAUAAAAGCUAUUAUCAUCAAUCUGUGAAUAAUUAUAACGAUUCAAGUAAUCAACAAAUGGCUCAAUUCCCAUAUCCAAUCGAUAAUGUAGAUAUCAGAUGUGCUUAUGAUGACAAUAAAUAUGACGCUUACCGUUUAAACAACAGCUCUACCGUUUCUCAACAACAUGAUACACACUAUAAUAACGACAACAACAACAUUAACGUAUUUAGCCCAAACAGUUCUGAUUAUCCUGGUGUAUUAACUGGAUAUAACCAAACUAAUUCCACUUCGUCUGCACCUAUUUCUGAACAGUCUCUUAUAUAUUCGUCUCACAAAAGCCAACAUCAAAAGGACAAACAGCCAGCUCCGUCUCCUGAAUACAAAUAUGAUAGAUCCGCUACACAUAUCCCCUCUACCUCUGUUGCUAACUAUCAACCAUAUCCUGGGCUUAUUAGUCGUGCGAAUUUGAAAAUUAUGGGCGAUUUAGAAUCCAUGGCAAAAAGUUGGUCGACUGAAGAAUGGGAAAACCGACGAAGAUUAGUUCAAUUUUGGCGGAAACAAAGUGGAAAUGAAAUUUGUUGUACUUUCGAUCCUAUUUUCCAAAGUGAACGUAUUAACACCAAUAGUAACCAUAUUGUCGUCUCUUGUAUAUACUGGGCCGAAAGAAAUGACUGUUAUAUCACAUCUGUUGAUUGUAUUCAUCUUUUAGAAAGUUUGAUGGACACCCGUUUUAGUGUCGAAGAAAAAAAUCGUGUCCGUCGCAAUCUCGAAGGGUUUCGUCCAAUAACUUUGAUUAUGAGUUUUCCUAACCCUAAGCCAAGAAAUAUCGAAAAAGACGUCAAGGUCUUUCCUUGGAAAACAUUACCUUACGCGCUCAAAAAAAUCAUAACGAAAUAUACGGCUUCUUCUUAUGGUACAAGCGGCAAUCAGCCGCAUCGUUGUGCUACGAUCGAUCAUAUAUCUUCUACUAUAAAUAAUACGGCCACUUUCAUGCUGCCAUCAGCAGCUGAAAACAUCCAGCAAGAAAAUGAGCGUCCAUAUCAAAUAGCCCCACUAGUUCGGAAAUAUUCAUCCCCUUAUGCACAACCUGAACCGAAUCAAGUCGCAUCCAGUGCCGCAGUGAACCAUAACGGUAUUAGCAAAAAUCUAUCUGAAUCUAUAACUACUACUUCUACAGUAGUUGCAUUAGACCCAAAUCCACUUUCCAAUAUCAAUAGCUUCAAAAAUGAGCACCCAAGUUAA